GCCGGGGGACCCCCUGCCGCUGAGCCCCCGCCGCCCCGGCAUGGCCUCGCUCAUCGUGGUGACCGAGUACGACGUGACGGGGAGCGCAAGCGAGGAGGAGGAGAUGAACGCGCCCGGAGGCGAGGGUUUUGGGGACGGCCGGGAGCCGAGGGCGAAGCUGCACCUCUCCGGCCGAAAGCUGUCCUUGCAGGAGCGGUCGCAGCCUGCCCGCUCGCCUGGGAGCGGCAAUGGCACCAACGAACGCUUCAUCUACCCGUCCCUCCCUUACUCUCCGGUGACGUCCCCGCACUCCUCCCCACGGCUGCCGCGGCGGCCAACGGUGGAGUCGAACCGCGUGUCCAUCACUGGACUGCAGGACUGUGUGCAGCUCAACCAGUACAAGCUGAAGGACGAGAUCGGGAAGGGCUCCUAUGGGGUGGUGAAGCUGGCCUACAACGAGGACGAUAACACCUACUAUGCAAUGAAGGUUCUCUCCAAAAAGAAGCUGAUGAGACAGGCGGGCUUCCCCCGCCGCCCACCACCCCGUGGAGCCAAAGCUGCCUCUGAGGGCUGCCUGCCGCCCAAAGGGCCCAUCGAACAGGUCUACCAGGAGAUCGCCAUCCUGAAGAAGCUGGACCACCCCAACGUGGUGAAGCUGGUGGAGGUCCUGGAUGACCCCAGCGAGGACCACCUGUACAUGGUGUUUGAACUGGUGAAGCAAGGCCCCGUGAUGGAAAUCCCAACCCUGAAACCUCUCAGCGAGGACCAGGCUCGGUUCUACUUCCAGGAUCUGAUCAAGGGCAUUGAAUACUUGCACUAUCAAAAGAUAAUCCACCGGGAUAUUAAGCCUUCCAACCUCCUCGUGGGGGAAGACGGGCACGUCAAGAUCGCUGACUUUGGGGUGAGCAACGAGUUCAAGGGAGCCGAUGCCCUCUUAACCAACACGGUGGGCACCCCCGCCUUCAUGGCCCCGGAGACGCUCUCGGAAACCAGGAAAAUCUUCUCCGGAAAGGCUUUGGAUGUCUGGGCCAUGGGGAUCACACUGUACUGCUUUGUGUUUGGGCAGUGCCCUUUUAUGGAUGAAAGGAUCCUGAGUUUACACAAUAAAAUCAAGACCCAGACGUUGGAGUUCCCGGAUCAGCCAGAAGUUACAGACUUCUUGAAGGAUUUGAUUACACGGAUGCUGGAUAAAAAUCCCGAAUCUAGGAUUUCGGUCCCAGAAAUCAAGGAAAGUACUGUGCAACAGCCUUUCGCAGGAGAUUUCUGGUCCUCCGCCCCUGCGGGAGCCUGGAAGGGGCGAGAAGCUGAGAAAAUGGAGACUAAGUUGCACCCGUGGGUCACCAAGAACGGAGUGGAGCUGCUGCCCACAGAGGAUGAGAACUGCACCCUCAUCGAGGUGACAGAGGAGGAGGUGGAGAAUUCGGUCAAGCACAUCCCCAGCCUGGCUACCGUGAUCUUGGUUAAAACAAUGAUCCGGAAGCGAUCCUUCGGGAACCCGUUUGAGGGGAGCAGGAGGGAGGAGCGGUCGUUGUCUGCCCCUGGGAACCUGCUGCCGAAACAAGGCAGUGAAGAUAAUCUGAAAUGCAACGACUUGCCCAAUGUGGGAGAGGAGGAACUUCUUUCAUGAACAUCGACUUCAUGGUUCUGUUGAGCAUCUUGGUCCGGGGUACGUUAUUAAAGUGUGCAGCUGAGGAUGAGCGACAUUAACAGAGCCUGCACCAAACACAGCAUGACAUGGCGCUAUUUCAGUAUGAUGCUGGAUGUAGAGCUUACAUAGCAGCAUGUUAUAAGACAUCCGACUACUUGUCAUAAACAUUGAACAUCUCUGAUCGCUUGGACUGCUGACUUCUAGUGGGAAGGUGCUGGCUGAUAGCAGAGAGGUGAGCUAUCGUGUUGAGCAGCAACAAUGCUUUGCAAAAAAAAAAAAACCCAACAGUCAAACAAAAAUGCAUUUGGAACUGCUUUUACCUGGUUUUAAUGCCAAAUAAUUUCUGGGGACUAACGCCAGUGUCCCAGGGGUGUUGUAUGCCCAUCGUGUAGUCGGUGGGCACACACAGAAGGGUGAAGCUUUUGCCAUACACAACAGUAAAACUACACGUGCGCACUUUGAGAGUUCACGACCUACCGGAAAUGUUGUUGCAUCUAUUUCCUGUUGUUCUGGUUUGUUUUUAAUUGACACCUUUUUAACUGCAUGGGAACAAAGCAAAAACCCACCUUUUCAGCUUUUUAAAGAAUGCCUACCUUUGUGAGCCAAGUUGUAUUAAACAGCAUCUUUGGGACAUCCAGAAAGUGAGGUUAAUUACCACCUAAGGUAAUUAACACCUUUCCUAAGGUCUUGGUGUGACUAGGACUUGGUAAGUUGAGUAUUCAGUGUAUGAAAGGAAAAGGUAUUUAAGGGCUUAAGUUCAGUCUGAACUAAUUUUGCUGCAGACAUAGGAGUGAAAGGUGGUGUUUAGCUGAAUGUUUCUUUUGAACAGCAGAGGAAGCACUAACAACAGUUUGUUUCUAAAUCUUUUACUUGAUCUAGGUAGAUACUAAAUAUAAAAUUCAGGGUAAAAUCCUUCACUUCCAUGUACAUUACAUGGUUUACUACAAUUAAAAAUAAUACAACUCAUGCUAUUUUUAAGUAUAGACUUAGGGCUUGCUUAGAAUUUAAGAUCUUAAUGAAAUACUUAGAUUAGCUAGUAAUUUUCAAAGAAACUUUUGUUUUCCAAACUCUUAAUCUGGAUUUUGGGGCCAAUGCUAUGUAUUUUUUGCAAGUUUGUUACCAGUAAUUUGUGAAUGCCUGUGGAUCAGAGGCUUGUUAGUAAAUUAAGUGUGUACCUAAUUCAUGGAUUGUUUCUUACGAAAAGCUCUUUCACCUUCAGUCAGAUUACUCUGAUUAUUUUGUGGUGCUUGUAAGAAAAAAAAAAAAAAAAAUCUAUAGUGUGGUGGGAGAGAUUCUGACGUCCAGACUCACUUUCCAAAGUUCUCUGUGCUCGGACAAAGCUGGAGAACAGCAGACGGUGGGUGAGCUGGAGAAGAGUCAGGGUUUGCUUGGGGAAAGGGGUCACGGUAAGUACAGUUGUUUUGUGUAUGGAGUGUGGGACUGGGGGGAAAAGGUCUGACUUCUCUUCUCAGUCUGAUAUGGGGGUGUGACCUUGAAUGAGGCAUUUAAAAUGAUGGUGUACCUGAAAGAGGGGGAGGAUUCAAAUGUCCCAAGCGUGUAAGGGACUGCUAAGGCACAAUUCUUUGCCCUGAGGAAGAAGGCACUAGGAGAGACCCAAGUAUUUUGGUUAAUGUUAAGAUCUCUGCCUGCUAACCCUGGCCAUGAGUGCCCUGCCUUUAGGAAGUGACUGUCCCCUUGUCUUCCUUGAUCUUGGGCACUGCAAGCAGCAGAGCACUGAGGUCCUUGGCCCUGCUGCAGUCGGACCUGGUCUGGUAAUUUCUGGUUAGGAUGGGUCUUUGUUAAAGCUGGCGUAGCGUUAGCAAGCGCGCAGGUGCCUACACAAACUGUCCCUUACAUCUUUUGAUCACUUGAAGCAAUGCUCCCCCUAAAUCGCUAUUUAUUACCGAAACAUUGUGCUGCUGGCCUCUCUCCAAAGCCAGUGACGAUGGUUCGUGGUUUAGGAGCACUACUAUGGAGUUUGGAGCCAUAAGACACGCACAGUUUUCCUCCCGUUUUAGUCCAAGGCUAUGCCAAAGCCCUGCAGCUUCAGCUAUGGGAAAACCAAACAGGUAAUGUGGGUGCCAGCACUACUACAGCUGCCUGCUCCCCCUUUCCUAAACAGGACUUUUCAUUGUGGAAACGCGUGCGAGUGGGCAGCUUGGUUCUCUAACCUUGUAAAUGGACUUGUUCUGCAAAAAAAAAAAAAAAAAAAAAAAAAAAAAAAGGGGAUCUGAUUAUUUAUAGCUGGUGCAUAGUAAUGUGUGGUGUGUUUUGUUAAAGGUGAGUUGUAGAGAUGCUCUGUGCUGCGUAUCUCUGGUUUGUGAUUUGUCAGGUGCCUAGCGAGACAGUUUACAUUUACCAAACAGGCUUGCCAGGUGCAACACAGCUUCUAAACAGAAUAAGCUGUACCAGUUCCUUGAUGCCCAGCCACAUAGUUACUGGGCCUCAGAUAUUACCAUAGAUCAGUGUCUUAUGGCUAGCCCAUGCUUGGUUUGUAAGCAUCCUAAAGCUCAGCACUUCCCUAAGGCGCUCUCUAAAACGAUUGUCCUUUAGUGCCAGCUCCAGUAAGGCUGCAGCCAAAUGCGCAUUUCUGAAAGAAACUCGAUGUAGAUUUUUUCUUGUUGAUUAGUUCUGUUGAAAGCAUAAAGCGUGGCUGUGUGAGGAAGAUCUAUCUAAAUGCAUGACCUGUUAGAGAAGCUGUACUGUAUAUAUGGAUCUGCUCAGUUCCCUAGCUGCUGUUCCUUAGUAGUAAAGCUAGCUUUUUUUUCUUAUAGUGAAGUAAACAUUUUGCUUGUGCCUUGGAACUGGGCUAUAGAUGAUUUCCCCAACUCCCUUCCUUUCAAGCAAGCCCAGUGCUGACUGUAGGCUUAAUGCUGGGUACUAAGCCUUUUUGGCUCUGAAAGCACACAGGAAAGUGCUAAGGGGAAACCAGGCCUCUUGUCCUGAGCAGUUUUUCUUGGUGGUCCCCUCCUACCUAUCAGGCAAUUGAUCUGUUUCUUUUCUAAGGUCCUGGACUAUUGCUGAUUUUUAUACUUUGUUUAAUGACCGAGGCUUGUGUUUCAUUCCUACCCCUUUAUUAUGCAUUUAACUUUAUCAGGUGUAUCAAGUUUAAAUACUGUGUAUUUACUUCUUUUAAAUUAUAUUACCUAAGAAGAAAGGAGGAAAAAAAAAAAAAACACCAAACUACUAAGUGUUUUUCCACACAGCUGUUCAAGCUUCUCUGUACAAGUUGAAAUAAAUGACAUGCAACCAAACCCAGA